CUUAUCUAUAUAAUGUCUUUGGAAAAUAAAAGCUUUAUGGAGUCAUUCUCUCCAGUGAACAAGUUGUUUAUGAAGCUUAUUAAUACUCCUCAUGAACAAUCUGGAAGGGAGAGCAGGUUCCCUAAUUUUACAAGGAGGAUCAGCCCAUGCUCAAGUAGAAAUCAGAGUUCUAAGGAAGUAUCUGAGAGGUGUGAGUCUGCCAACAAGAUCCCUCAUCAAGUGUUGUACAAUCCCAGAGCUGAUGUGAAGAUGUACUACAGUGAGAUGAAUAAGAAUCUGUGAAGAAUUCGAAUUCAGGAGCUGAAAAAGCCAAAGAAAGCCACCAACUCUGAAUUUUCAUGUGAUGAAAUUAAGAGAAAUAUCAAUUUCAGAAGACUCAAAUGUAAAGAUGUCGAAGAGCAGGAAAGAAGAGAUGAGAAAUUUAGUCAGGUUCAUAACCUCUGAUUUGGAAGAAAGACAGCUUUAUUCAAAGAUGGUAAUAGCACAAACAGGUCAGGAGGUGAUCAAAAUGUGCAACCGGAUAAUGGGUCUAGUUUCCCUAAAAAUUCAUUGCUAAUAAGGAGAAGAAGGCUUAAGACUCAGAAAAAUCCCUCUGACUUUGAAGAGGAAGAAGCAUUGUUCAACCCUAUUAACGAAGGUGUCAAACUUAAUCUCCCUCUUGAUAUGUCUUCUCCAAAAGAUUCUUAUGAAGGAACUAGGAAGGAGAGAAGAUUUGUGAGAUCAAGUAAGAAGACCUCGAUGAACUUCUUCAGGACACUCUCACAGAUUAAGCUGAAAAAGAAAUCUGCUCAUCAUAUUAUCAAAUUUCAGAUUGAUCAAUCUCAAAUAAGAGAGAAUCUUCGGGAGAGUGCAAGAUCAAGUAUACUACACAAAAAUCAUAAGGCUGCUAGUAUCUUAAGAAGAAAGCCAAUCCAAUCAUUUGUAUCAAAGUCAUAAAAUUC